AGUACAUGGCGAUGAAGACCGCGGCAUCCCACAAGGGGUGGCACCAGCAGUGGUUCUACGUGAAGAACUACUCGAACUCCCCCCUGCCGGAGUUCACCAGCCGCACUAUUGAGGUGGCACCGGAGGUGUGGGCGUAUAGCCCGGUCGAUAAAGAGAAGCGGAUCCAUGGCCUGCUAUAGUCCAUCGAGCACUUGAAGGGGAGGGGGUUGACCGGAGCCGGAGUCAUCGGGGCGUACCACGCCCGGCGGGUGGUGCAGCUGAUGCUCCGGGUCCGCUCGCUCGCCGACAUGACUCCGAGCACGCCGACCGAGGGUAUCAUCCUUGCGACGGGUGCGCUCGCUGCCUUCGAGAUCCGGCAGCGGAUUCGGGAGGCAUUGGAGGACAAGGACGCCGACUACCCGGUGCCCGGGCACCCUCCGAUGCGCCCGGAUGAGAAGUUCAUUGACCUGGGCAGCAUGACCUGGGUCAUGGACUUGCGCCCGUCGGUGCUGGAGGAUGCCGAGCGGCGGUUGCAGAACCGUCUCCUUGCUAAGAAGCAAAAGCGUCGCAAGGAUAAGGAGACGACGAAGAAGAAGAAGGGGGCCGCCAAGGAGUUCCAGCGGCGGCAACGAGGACAGGUCGUGUCGGACGACGACGAUGAUGACGACGACGACGAUGAGGAGGAAGAGGAGGAGGAUGACGAGGAGGAGGAGGAGCUUGUCCAAUCCCCCUGGUCAGGUGCGCUCGUUAUUCGGGAGACGCGCUCCCAAACGGCCGCGAGGGAUGAAGCGGGCGGACCGUCCGCCCGGGGCUUGGUCCUACAAAGCUCUGGGUCCAUGCCCCAAGGGUCGGCGCGGAGCGCCCCCCAGGAGUCGGCACGAAGCGCUUUCCAGGGGUCUACGGAGCCCGCCCCCGCCCCCGUGCCUGCGGCCCAGGAGAAGAGGAGCGGCGGCAAGCGGCCGUUGCCGGACGCCCUGGAGUCGGCGUCUAGCUCGGAGGCGAAGCGCGCACGCCGUCCUUGCACUGGGGGAACAUGA